GCCGGGGGGCUUGGGGUCGCCUGGGGCUGGACCGGUCCAGUGGCCGGUGGGGGGCGCGUAGCCCCCCCCAGGAUCCCCCCAACUCCGGGGCUCGUGCCUGCCCUUCGCCCUGCGUCUGGGGCUGCCCCAACCGGGUGUGCACUGGUGGUGGGGGGCGGUCAGUGGGCCACAGGCCAGGCCCCAGCACCUUGGGGACUGUGGGGUGUUUCCUCCAAGAAGCCCAAGUGGGGCCGGGGCCGCAGCCCCUAGGGGCACCUGGCUGUUUGUCCCCUGCAAACCCCAGCCAGGGAGCCCAGCAGGCCGCAGUCCAGCUGUCUGCGCCCUCAGCCUGUGGGUCUGUGGGGUGUUUCCUCCAGGGAUCUGAGGUAGGGCUGCAGGUCCCCAAAAGCCCUCCUAGGUGGUCUGCCGAACGGGGGAGCGGAUUGGCUGCCCCCCAGCCCUGCCCCUCCCAGACACUCCAGGCCCAAGUGCUAUUUCCUGUGGGAACGGGAAGUUUCUGCGGUGGCCCCGCGGCUGCCGCCGAGUCCUGGUCUCCGAUGAGCAAGUCUGGGGAGGGGGGGCGGGCAGGUGCUGGGCUGGGGCCCCGCAGGGCUGGCUCAGGGGACGCAGUGAUGUCAACGGCCGCCCCACCCCGCCAGCCGCGUUAUGUAAUGGCUUCCCCGGGCCUCCUUGGGCAGGGACCUGUUGCCCUGUAAAGAAGGCAGGACCUGGGCGUGUGUGCAGGCGUGCGCACGCGUGUGUGUGUGUGUGUGUGUGUGUACACAGGCGCGCGGCGCACCGGGGUGGGAGGAGCGAGCUGAGACUGUUUGGGUUAGAACUCCCAGGCCUGUCCAGCCAGCAUCUCGGGCCAGCGUGCCCCACCCCUGCCCACACGCCUGUCAUCUGUGCACUCCCCCCCACACCCCAGGGCAGCAAUAGCCUUGGCACAUCCAGGUGUCCGGGGCUGGGCUGAAGUUGGGGGGAUGGACCUGAGAUAGCACUGGCAGUGGUCUGUCCCCUCCUGGUGCUGGCCAGUAGCUGAGACAGGGUCCAUGUGAGGGGCCCGCACCGCGGCCAAAGCAAACUCGAACUUUCCGGAUGGUUCCAGCUGCCUCCUGCCAAGGCCUGCUGACUGGAGGCCUGAGGCCGGCCUGAGGCCCGCCCACGGCCCAGCCCGCCCACAUCACUUCGCCCAGGUGGGACGACCGGAGUGCGGAGCGGGUGGGAGGAGCACUGGACACUGGACGGGGAGCCUCCGCUCCGAGGUGGCCCUCCCGGCUACUCUAGGACUGUCCGGGCACGCUAAGGUUGUUCUCUUGGGCUGGGGCCAGCUCCCUCCCCCCCACUGUCCAGCAGCGGCUCAGCAGGGACAGGCUUCUGGCAGCCAUCUCCCAACACACUUUCCCCAUUGUAAGCUGGGAAAUCGGAGACCCGGAAAGAGCAGGGGUUUGGCCUGGGUCCCCCCAGCACACAGUGAUGAGGACAGGGGAGCUGGCUCUCCCCUGGGGGCGGCCUGGUCACUCUUGCUGUCUCCAUGUAAGAGGCCGGGACAGGCGUCUGAGGGCGGCGAGGGGACCCAGGAGGCACCUCGGGGCCCCGCGCCGUCCCUCCGUGUCCCCUACAGAUGUCUGUCGGGCCUGGGGCUGAGGUGGCUGGCGGGUGACGAUGUUGGCUGCUGAGUGGGGGCCUCUUGUCUUAUCGCCCCUUCAUGGGGUUACCUGGAGCCCCUCCUUCCCGGUGUGAGGAGUAACCUGGCGCCUGGGGAGGAGCCUUACGGUGAGCUGAUUGCUGGCGCUCCAGCCUGCUGUCCGCCUGCCUCCCCACAGGGGCCGGAGCCCUCAGCGGGCCGGGCUGGGCCAGUGGACGAGCCCUGAGCAGGCUGGCAGGAGGUCUCCCUUCUCCCCGCUCCCCUGCCAGCCCGGGCCUCCUAGCAACUAUCUGCAGGGCGGGUGGGGAGGCUGCGGGGGCCCCUGCGUGUUCUGCAGCCGCUCCCUCUGACCUCCGCCUCCCCCCUCUGCUGCCGGCCUGGCUUCCGGGCGUCCUGUCUGUAGGAAUCUGGUCCAGCUCCGGGCCCCUCGGGGUCUCUCUAGGGCUUCCCUGGACUUUCUUCUCUGGAUGACCCACCAGCCAGAUAAUGGCCCCACUUGUCGGGAGGCCCAGGGAGGGCCAGUGGCCGGGCCCGGGUCACCCAGCAGCAGCAGCAGCAGCGUGCAGCAGAGGCGCCCCCACGCCCACUCGAGGCCCCAGCCGCCUAGACUGCUGGCGAGCGGGGAGCUGAGUUAGAGGCAGCCCCUGAGGGAACCUGGCUGUGCCUCAGCCUCCAAGGCCACACACCUCAUGCUGGGGCUGUCUGUCCUCAGCCUGGACUGUGUGCUCUGCAGAGAGUGGUUCCAGCCAUCCUGUGGGGCAUACGGGACCAACCCCCAGGCGCCUUCCUUCCCCAGUCAUGGGGGCUGGUGGGCAGCCUCGAGUGGGCCUCUCUGUCACGGGGCCACUCUCGUGGCUGGGCGCGGGGGCCUGUGAGGGGCUCUGUCCGGGGGUGAAACAGGAUGGUGCCGGCUGUGGCCUGGGCAGGGCCAGGCUGAGGGUGGCCGGGGUUGACACUCUCUCCCGAUGCCUUGGACGCCCAUUUUGUGAGCCUGCAGAGUCUGGGGGAGUGACCCUGUGGGACCGGUGACAGUGGGACCACAUAGGGAGCAGUAUGUGGCCAGGAGGGCAGUGGCUGCCCGUUCAGCAGAGGGAAACUGAGACCGGAAAGACCAGGGCCUUGCAUGGGAGGCGGCGGGAAGGCAGGCAGGGCCGCCCCUGCUGGGAAGCCCGCCUGGAAGCCGGUGACUCAGCCCCUCCCACGGACGGCCUUGCUGCCUUUGAUCCCGGGCAGCGCCGGGGCCGGCCGGGCUACGGAGCCCGUCCCCAUUCUGCAGCGGUGAACAACCUAGGGGCAGAAUCCUUUCGAGCUGGCCUUCUCCUUAGACCAGACCCGUCACGGGGACACCGAUUUCAGCCUGGAGCGCCCUGCCCGCCCUGUACAGAUAUGCCCGCGAGCCAGCCCAUCGACAUCCCGGACGCCAAGAAGAGGGGCAAGAAGAAGAAGCGGUGCCGGGCCACCGACAGCUUCUCGGGCAGGUUCGAGGACGUCUACCAGCUACAGGAGGACGUGCUCGGGGAGGGCGCCCACGCCCGAGUGCAGACCUGUGUCAACCUCAUCACUAACCAAGAGUACGCGGUCAAGAUCAUCGAGAAGCAGCCGGGCCACAUUCGGAGUCGGGUUUUCCGGGAGGUGGAGACACUGUACCAGUGCCAGGGACACAGGAACGUUCUAGAGCUGAUAGAGUUCUUUGAGGAGGAGGAUCGCUUCUACCUGGUGUUUGAGAAGAUGCGGGGCGGCUCCAUCCUGAGCCACAUCCACAAGCGGCGGCACUUCAACGAGCUGGAGGCCAGCGUGGUGGUGCAGGACGUGGCCAGUGCCCUGGACUUCCUGCACAACAAAGGUGUGUGGGGUGGGCCCCGGGGGCGGCCGGCCCGCCUGGCGCCCGCUCCACCUGCCCCGGGACUCCCAGAAAAUGCUCCCGCGGACUCGCCCUGGUUCUCUCUUGCAGGCAUCGCCCACCGGGACCUAAAGCCGGAAAACAUCCUGUGUGAGCACCCCAACCAGGUCUCCCCCGUCAAGAUCUGCGACUUCGACCUGGGCAGCGGCAUCAAACUCAACGGGGACUGCUCCCCCAUCUCCACUCCGGAGCUGCUCACCCCGUGCGGCUCGGCGGAGUACAUGGCCCCCGAGGUGGUGGAGGCCUUCAGUGAGGAAGCCAGCAUCUACGACAAGCGCUGCGACCUCUGGAGCCUGGGGGUCAUCCUCUACAUCCUGCUCAGCGGCUACCCGCCCUUCGUGGGCCACUGCGGCAGCGACUGCGGCUGGGACCGCGGCGAGGCCUGCCCGGCCUGCCAGAACAUGCUGUUUGAGAGCAUCCAGGAGGGCAAGUACGAGUUUCCCGAGAAGGACUGGGCCCACAUCUCCUUCGCUGCCAAAGACCUCAUCUCAAAGCUGCUUGUCCGCGACGCCAAGCAGAGGCUGAGCGCCGCCCAGGUUCUGCAGCACCCUUGGGUGCAGGGGUGCGCUCCGGAGAACACUCUGCCCACACCCAUGGUCCUGCAGAGGAACAGCUGUGCCAAAGAGCUCACGUCCUUCGCCGCGGAGGCCAUCGCGGUGAACCGGCAGCUGGCCCAGCGCGAGGAGGACGCGGCGGCGGCGGAGGAGGGCCAGGGCCCGCCGGUGCUCAUCCGCGCGGUCUCCCGCUGCCUGCAGCUGUCCCCGCCCGCGCAGAGCAAGCUGGCCCAGCGGCGGCAGCGCGCCAGCCUGUCCGCCGCCCCCGUGGUCCUGGUGGGAGACCACGCGUGACCCCUCACCCCUGUACAUAGGUCACUCCCGCCCCUCCCCCCACCACCCCAUCAAAUCUGAAGAGGUUUUUUAAGCUGUUUCCAGCCGGUGACCCACAGGCUGCCCUCCCCUGGCUGGGCUCCGAGGCGCUGAGCUCAGCCGGGGGUCUUUUUAUAUGAGGUUUUUGCUGUUGGGUUUUUUUCUCCUUUUUUCUGCCCCACCCCCAUGUCUCCCCCCUUUAAAGGUGUUAAAAGCAAAGCAGGCGCCGGGGAGAGGAGAGGGGAGGCCGCGUGUGGCUGGGCUUGCGGGUCCCUGCUGCCCCGGCCCGGAGGCGCGCCCGUACUGUGAAAGGUCCCCGCCCGCCCGCCCUGCCACGACUCAGGACAGGAGGCGAUCGUCGUCUUCCAGAGCUGGGGGCCCAGGAGCGCGCCCCUCCCCAGCCCGCACAGUAUUUCAGGGACGGGCCCGGCCCAUACCUCCCCCCAGGGACCCAGCAGCUCCCUACCCCUCACCCCAGAGACACCCUGGCGGCUGGGUGGGGCCGGGUUUCUCAGGUCUCCCUUGUGGCGGGAGGGGGCCUGGGUGCAGGCAGGUGGGCUCCACGGCUGCCCGCUGUACCCACCCCCCGCCUCGGACUGACAAUCGGGGCUCUCUCAAACCUUGACCUUAAGCUGCAGCCCACCCCAGGUGGGGGGUGCCCCCGCUGCCCCCCCAGGAUGGCGGUGCCGGAGGAAGUGGGAGGGGCUGGACAGGCGCCCGUCAGCCAACGUGGGGGUUCCAGAGACCCCCACCCUGGGCACCCGAGUGCCCCUUCUCAGGGCUCAGUCUGACCGCGGCCACGUCCCGCCCCUUGUCGCCCUUGGGGUCUGGUGUGGAAGCUCUAUCAGCCCCCUUCCUCCGCAGAGCCAGGGCCCGCCCAGGGGUCCUGCUGAAGCUCCUCCACCCCCAAGGGCAGCGUUUCGACCCGCCCACCUUCAGGAAAAUGGCCGCUGCUGCCGCGGCAUCCUCCGGGGCACCCUCCGGGGCACCAGGAAUCACUGUGCCCGCCUCUGCCCACCUUGGCGCUGGGCUCACACGUCGGGUCUGGCAGGCCUGGGGAGACCGAUGCCCCUCCUCGUCCUCGGGAAACACUAUGCAAUACAGGCUCCCCUUCUCUACGGGCCCCCUGCCCGCCGGGGAGGGCCCCCCGCGGUCCCUAGGCCCAGCAGCCUAGCCGGCGUCUGGCCUGGUCUCCACAGCGGCCCAGGGCCUGGAAAGCCCUCCGGCUUCUAGUUUGUCCUGUUCUGUUAAUUUUUCAAAGACAUCAGUUGACUUGCUUCCCUGUUCUCGAAUACUUGAAUGUUGGGGGGGGUCUCGUGGGUGGGGGGGCCCAGAUGCCGUUUCUGUGGCCGUCUCCCGUGGCUGGUGGGGACUGCCGCCCUCCAGCCCCCCCCGCCCACCCGGAUCUGUGGACUGGCCUUUCCAAAGACCUCGGGGCGUGGGAGGCCGCCCCACCCCGUUUCUUGCCCACCGGUGAUCCUACAUUUUGCAACUGGGGAUUCUGCCUUUUUGUAAAAAACAAACAGGCCCCCGCCCGCCACAGGCGCCUUGGCCGUUUUACUCUAGAAAGCGGAGCCGUGAGGAGCUUUGUUCCUUCUUCCCAAAGGUGGGACAGCCACUUCUCUGCCUGCCACACGUCACAGGGACCGUGGGAGCUGAGGGGCUGUCAGAACCGUUACUGUGAAUGCGCCUGGCCCCCAGGCCGCCCCACGCUGGGGGAGGGGAACGGCCACGUUCAAUGUUAAGAUGUGUAAAAAAGACAAAAAAAAAAAAGUUUUUUUAAAAGUGGGGGGAACACAUCCAAGCACUUUAAGCGCCGCACCAGGUGAACUGAUCCAGCUCAUCUUCCGGACACCGACUGUCAAUGCCGGAAUUUUGUAUUGUUUUGUAAGGAUUUAAUAAAAGUCAUAAAAACU